UUUUGGUCGUAUCAUUUAUGUUAAUAAUUAAUUCAAUCAUAAAUCAUUCCAUAUAUUUGUAGGCUAGGCUCAUUUGCUUCUGCAUCACAUUCUAGGUGUGUGUGCCGACCUGCAGUACUGUGUGGGGUUCUGUGCCGGAGACAGAGUAUUGCGCACGUGGAACCUCUCAUCCAGAAAAAAUGACCAAACACUUAUAUACAAUGUGCACAAAGUGCACAGUGAUGGCACAAGAGAGAUCAUGCCAACGCAGAAACAUCCCAGGUAUGUGGUGUGUCAAAGUACCCGCCCUGGUACUGUGAGAAUAUGGAAUGUGGCACGAGUGCGAUUCAAGGGUCGUCCUGUACAAGUUGAGCACGGUCUGUUCUCAAGUGCAGACAUCGCUCUAGUGCGAGACACCCCUACAUACCAGCUCUCGUUGGCGUCCCGGACCUCCCAGCUCUUCUCACCCCGGCAUCUCUUCUACUGCGGUCGCCGCUCUCAUCUCAGGUCGGCCGGCGGGUCGAGGCUUCUCCCCUCCGUGUGUGUUCCCUUCGUGGGUCAUGAACUUCCGGACUGUGUCUACUGCUGAUUCUCCCGUGAGUGCCGUUGGGUCGAGUCCUCUCCCCGCGGCCUCUCGUGGUUCUCGAGGGCCAAACUGGUCCGGAUUUCCCAAGGUGGUUUUGUUCUUCCGUAAAUCCUGGUGGGUUGAGUCCCCCUCACCCCGGGCUUACGAGGU